CGAACUAAUAAGAAAAUCUUUUUCGCAGACAAUAGUUUUAAAUUAUGAAGUUUUAUAAGUUAUCACACAUUAAAAAUACUUUAUAUUAAUCUUUAAUGAAAAAUUUGCAUUGGUGAUAUGAAAUAAAACCGUCGAGUAAAUGCUGUCUUUAACAUUUUUCAAUAUUAGUUGAAUAUGUCGCUUCAUUUGGACUUAAAAAUCUUAGCUAAAAGAUUUUUGUCGGGAAAGUCAUGCAUACGCAAUUACUGUAAGACCACUUUACAUGAUACUCCGGGCGCUGCUUCGACGGUUAAUAGUCCGUCUGCUAAAAUUGUAACACCUUUACCCCCUUUGACAGUGCCUUUACCAGGUCUUCCAGAUCCCCAAUAUGCUACUUUAUUACCUGAACAUCAUAAUACAAAAGUUACUACACUCAGCAAUGGUUUACGAGUGGCUUCAGAAAAUAGAUUUGGCCAGUUCUUUACUGUUGGAGUUGUUAUAGAUUCUGGUCCAAGAUAUGAAAUUGCAUAUCCAAGUGGGGUUUCACAUUUCUUGGAGAAACUAGCUUUUCAUUCGACAGUAGCAUAUCCAGAUAAAGACAGCAUUUUACGGGCAUUAGAAGAACAUGGAGGAAUUUGUGACUGCCAAAGCUCCAGAGAUACCUUUGUAUAUGCAGCCAGUGCAGAAAAUCGUGGAUUAGAAGCUGUGACUAAGGUUUUGUCAGAAGUUGUGUUGAGACCUCGUCUUGAUGCAACAGAAGUCAGCAUGGCGAGACAAGCUGUUUUAUUUGAAUUGGAAUCACUAGCAAUGCGUCCAGAGCAAGACGUCAAGCUUAUGGAUAUGAUUCAUGCAGCUGCAUAUCGAGAUAACACAUUGGGUUUGCCAAAAUUAUGUCCACAACAAAAUGCGGAAUUAUUAAAUAGAAAUGUUUUGUUAACAUAUCUAAAACAUCAUCAUACUCCUAAGAGAAUGGUUGUUGCUGGAGUUGGGGUACCACAUGAAAGCCUUGUAGAAAUGGUUAAUAAAUACUUUGUUGAAUCAGAACCUAUUUGGGACAAAGAAAAUAUUGAAUCUUCACGAUCAUUACAAAUUGAUAGUUCUACAGCACAAUAUACAGGUGGAAUUAUCAAGGAAUCAUGUGAAAUACCAAUGUAUGCUGCUGAAGGUUUACCAGAACUGGCUCAUGUGGUUUUAGGAUUGAGAGGAUGCUCACAUCAGGACUCUGAUUUUAUAGCAGCUUGUGUUUUAAAUAUGAUGAUGGGUGGUGGAGGAUCUUUUAGUGCUGGGGGACCUGGUAAAGGAAUGUAUACUAGGUUAUAUACAAAUGUGCUAAACAGAUAUCACUGGAUGUACAGUGCAACAGCAUUUAACCAUGCUUAUGCUGAUACCGGUCUAUUCUGCAUUCAUGCCAGCGCACCUCCAACACAUAUACGGGGGGUAACAGAAGUGCUCUGCAGAGAACUAGUUGCCAUGUCUACAGUUCCAGGGGCUCAAGAACUAAGGAGAGCAAAAACACAACUUCAAUCAAUGUUAUUGAUGAAUUUGGAAGCUCGUCCUGUGGUAUUUGAAGAUAUAGGUAGACAAGUACUAGCAACUGGCAUGAGAAAAAGGCCUGAAUAUUUUAUUGAAGCUAUAGAAAACAUUCAAGCUGAAGAUAUAAUACGGGUAGCAAGGAGAUUCUUGAGUUCUCCACCUGCUGUAGCUGCAAGAGGAGAUAUUAAAAAAUUGCCAGAAUUAAGUGAUAUUGCAAUGGCUUUAUUAAAUGAAGAUGGAAAAAUGCCAAGCGGACGAAAAUUAUCUCUGUUCAAAUAAAUUUCUAUAUUCCAAAUUGUCACAAACCAUUUUUUUCUUGUCCUAUGCAUUUACAUGUAAAAAUUGUACCAAAUACAA